AGCCGGGAGCGUUCGCCGGCCCAGCGGAUGCACCCCGCGUCCCUGCCCGCAGCCCCGAGGGUGUUGGCGUUUGAUCAGAGAGCGGCGUGAAUGUGUUGAGAAGAUGUGAGUUGUGUGCUUUCCUCCUUCACCUGCUGAGGGCUCAUGGUGACAGGUGGCAGUCAUGACACAGAAGGGCAGUUUGAAGUUCGUGAAGAAAAACAAAGCAGAAGAACCUGAAUUGGAGCCCCUGUGCUGCUGCGAGUACAUAGAUCGAAAUGGGGACAAGAACCACGUGGCCGCUUUUUUGUGUGAUUGCCAAGAUCUGGAUGAAGGGUGUGAGAGAUGGAUUACAUGCAAAUCUGUGCAGCCAGAGACUUGUGACAGAAUCAUGGAAACAAUCUCUGAUCGCCUCCGAAUUCCUUGGCUUCGAGGAGCCAAAAAAGUUAACAUUAGCAUCAUUCCCCCUCUCAUCCUCCUGCCCAUCUUCCUCCGAGUGGCCUCCUGGCAUUUCCUCCUGGGGGUGGUGGUUCUGACCUCCCUGCCUGUGCUGGCCCUGUGGUACUACUACCUCACUCACCGAAGGAAAGAGCGCACUCUCUUCUUCCUGAGCCUCGGGCUGUUCUCUCUGGGCUACAUGUACUAUGUGUUCCUCCAGGAAGUGGUCCCCAAAGGGCGUGUGGGGCCCACCCAGCUGGCUCUUCUUACCUGCGGGCUGUUUCUGAUCCUCUUAGCCUUGCACAGAGCCAAGAAGAACCCAGGCUACCUCAGAAAUCCAGCCAGCGAGGACACAUCUCUGGGCAGCAACCGAACUGAGUGCCUGAACAGAAAAGGGCAGAAGACCAAAGGGUUCCCUGGCGCGGAUGUGUCGGGCAUCCUCAACAACCGCACCCUGAGGGAUGAUCAAAAGGGCUCCUCCAGGUCGUUGGCUGGAAGCCCCACGAAGGCGAAGGAAGAUUGGUGUGCCCAAUGCCAGCUCGUGCGACCUGCCCGGGCAUGGCAUUGCCGGAUAUGUGGCACCUGUGUAAGGAGAAUGGAUCACCACUGUGUCUGGAUAAAUGGCUGUGUCGGAGAAUGCAAUCAUCAAGCAUUUAUACUUGCCCUUUCGAUCUUCUUGCUCACCUCGGUGUAUGGGAUCACGCUGACCUUGGACACCAUUUGUAGAGAUAGAAGUGUCUUCACAGCUCUCUUCUAUUGUCCUGGAGUUUAUGAAGAUUACAGCUCGGCGCUGACCUUCACCUGCGUGUGGUACUCUGCGAUCAUCACUGCGGGCAUGGGCUACAUCUUCCUGAUACAGCUGAUAAACAUCAGCUACAACGUGACCGAGAGGGAAGUGCAGCAGGCCCUCCGACAGAAGACGGGGCGCCGGCUCCUCUGUGGGCUCAUCGUGGACACAGGCCAGUACAACAGGGGCUUCCUGCGGAACUGGCACCAGUUCUCCACCCUGGGCACCGCCCCGUUCCAGCACCCUGCCGAGGACAUUGUCUGAUGUGCCUUCUGUGCACUCAAGGUGGGGGGGCUCCCCCUGUUCCCCUCCAUCCUACCCUUCAGUGUGCACUUAGGAUGCUCGCUUUUAUCUCUAGUUUCUUAAAGGCAUUAUAGGGCCACGCUCAGGUUGAGACUGGACUGGAGGAAUGAAUCUUUCUGACUUCA